AUGCAAGUCGGGUCGAGAUGGGCGCUUGCCCUCGGCGACGAACCGAUUUGGGACAUUGCUCUAGAGCCCCAAACUCAGCGACGCGUGAUUGUUGGCUGUGGUAGCACGAUUUAUGUAAUAAACGCAGCGAAUGGAGAUGUCGAGGGAAAAUAUACAGAAUAUCAUGAAGACACGAUUCAUUCCGUUGCCUGGGGAAAAGAUUCAGAAGACAAUGACAUCAUCGCUACAGGCGGCAAGGAUAAAACCGUCAUCAUCUGGGAAAUGCAUAACGAGCUGCUUCAGCCUCGCGUCAAAUUUACUCAUGCUACCUCUGUUCAAAAAAUCAAGUUCUCACCAACAAAGCCUGGCCGUCUUAUAUCUUGUGCUGUAGCUGACUUUGGAUUCUGGUCACCAGAAGCAAAGGAUGUCACGAAGACCUCCGUGAGCAAUCGAAUCACUGACGUGGUUUGGGAGCCAAGGGGUAACCACAUCGCUUUCGCCACGGAAAAGGGGAAAAUAUCCAUUUGUAACAGCACGAAAGGCCAAGAAGUCAAGAAAAUUGAACACAAGGGAAAGUUUAUCUGGACAAUCAACUGGACGGAAGAUGCAUCGGGACAAGAAAUUAUAAUCGUAUAUGACUGGCAUCCGAGUAUUACUACCUACAAUGCAGCUACUGGCCAGUUGCUGAAAUCAGUAAAGACGAUCGACUUUAAUCCCUGCUGUAGCUCACCGCUUCAAAAAUUGUCUUACAUAGCUGUUGGUGGAUCUGACGGUGAGUUGACGCUUCUCACUCGAGAAGGAAUCCGACUAACGAAGCUUGAUUCUGGUAGAAACUCAUUCAUCUGGAGUGUGGCGUCCCGAGAGAUCGCAGGAAAGCAGGAGGUUAUCUCUGGAAACCAAGAAGGCCGGCUUGCUUCGCAUACGAUUGCUCUUGGAAAAGUCCACGGAAUGUACAAUAAAUUCUACGCCACAAGAAUGAAGCUCACCUCGAUAGAGGUUACGGACUUAGAAGACCCAUUCGGCGAGCGAGCUAUCGUUCGAUCACGUGAGAUCAUCGACAAAAUCGCACUUUCUGAAGAUCUUCUCGUCGCACAAAGCCGAGAGAAAAUAAAAGUCUGGCAGCGUAAAGAUGCGCUUGGGAAUUCCUACGAGUACUUGACGAUGUUUCAAGUACCGGAAAUGACGAGUCUGAUCAUCUGUGCGGCUCAAAAUGUACUCGUUUGUAUUGGUGACCGUAUUUCUUCUUACCAUGUGAAUGGAGCAAUUUCGAGAGAGUGGGUGAUGAGCUCCCCGGUAAGAUACAUGAAGAUGCUCCCAGGGCCGAUCGGUGGAGAACUAUGUCUUGUUGGUACUGAUUCCGGCACUGUCUUCAAAAUCUUCAUCAACCAGUCAUUCCCCAUCGAAGUCCAAAGUGUUCGCGAUCCUGUGUAUCUCUGCGACUUGUCUCAAUACCGCGAAAAAGUUCUCAUUGUAGACGACAAGAACCUGCUCUCCGUCUUUGAUAUUUACACCAACGAGCUGCUUUAUCAAGAGCCAGGAGUCACCUCAGCAGCUUGGAAUUUAGACGAAGACGAUCUUCUAUGCUUCACGACGAUGGAAUUGCUUGUUAUUAAAGCAGGAGAGAAAACAGUAUUCACUCAGAAACUCAAGAAUCUACAGCGAGUCGUUGGUUUUUCAAAGGACACAGUUUAUCUGAUCGACGUGCCUCAAACUGGCGCGAUGUAUCACUUUAUCGAGAAUGAAGAUCUCGAAACAGCUUACAACAUGGCAUGCAUCGGAGUUACUACUUCUGAUUGGAAUUAUUUAGCAUCUGUGGCCAUGUCAAGUCUCGAUCUGAAAAUCGCAAAGCGGGCCUUUUCAAGAACAGGAAACUACAGGAAGCUCGUGUUGGUCGAUGAACUCAUGAAACUCCAAGGAACAGUGUCUCCAAACGAACUCAAAGCGAUCAUAGCGGCAUAUAACGGCGAAUAUGAUCAGAUGGAAAAGUUUUUCAAAGACGCUGGCUGCCCAGAAAAAGCGAUGGAUAUUUUUACCGACUUGAGGAUGUUCGAUCGGGCACGAAACUGCCUAGAAGGACAAUCAGAUACCCACAGCAUGCAGGUUGAUCAAAAUCUAAGGGAACAAGAGGCAGAUUGGGCCGCUGAGGGUCUCAGAGAUGCAAGAUCAGCGGCAGAAAUGUACCUAAAAGCUGGACAAUCUCUCAAGGCUAUUGAAGCUCUCGGUACACUCAAUUCAGCGGAACGACUGAUAGAUGCCGCCCGUCGGUUAGAUAAAGGCGAUCGGAAAGGGCUGCAACGCUGUGUCGAACUCCUCCGUGAUAUGGGUCAGUGGGCGCUGUGUGCGGAAGUUUACGGUAAAAUGGGCGAUUGGGAGUCGCUGAUCGAGCUCUACGCCAAAACAGACCAGUGGGAUGAAGUAUUCAGCCUUGUUCAACGAAAGCCAGAUCUUUCAAGCAUCUGUUGGACAUUGAGGGCGGACUGGCUCGCCGAAAAGGACCUCUUCGUCGAGGCACAAGAUGCGUUCUACAAAGCAGGAAAGCCCGGUGAAGCAUUGAAAGUGCUAACGAAACUUACUGAGUGUGCCGUCACUGAGAGCAGAUUCAAUGAUGCUGCUCACUACUACCAUCUUCUAAGUGUCCAAUGUGAACAACUUCUCCAAGAUCAGCCCGAAGAAAGUAAUUUCUACCUCGAACAAUACAAUGAGUAUCGAAAUCUUUCCGAAAUCUACUACGCUUACCAUUUUAUCCACAGAUUCGUCGAAGAACCCUUUUUAGCUGUGCUACAGGAAACGAUCAUGUACGCGGCUCGAUUCCUCUGGCACCGUGUCCAAAACAUGCUAUCACCUCCUGGCGUCUCUAAAGUCUAUAUUCUCUCCGCCCUGGCCAAGACAGCUCGCCAGUUCGGAAAUUUCAAAGCGGCGCGCUACUGCUACGGCCAAAUGAAAAACUUGCGCAUUCCAAAAGGGCCCAUGUGGGACGAGUUCCAACUCGGGGCGUUGUCUAUUCGAGGCAAGCCUUAUCGCGACUCCGAGGACUUUGAGAUUUUGUGCCCAAGAUGUGCGUGUUCUAAUUCCCUGAUUAACCCAGCAGGAGAUUUUUGUUCGAAUUGCCAGGCACCUUUUGUUUACUCCUAUUCAAACUUUGAGCCAGUUCCUCUCAUCGAAUUCUUCCUCGAGGACGGAAUCGAUCAAGAAGAAGCAGAGCAACUAAUGGAUACUGCAGCAUUUGAAGUAGAAAAGAAGAAAUCUAAGAAAUCCGAAAGUAAUCGGAUGGACUUAACAGCGAGCAUGGCUAAGUCCGACUUCGAUACGUUAUUGAUGGACACGGACGGAGAAGACAUAAUUGCAUCGAGGAGCGUUAUGAAAACCCUCAGCCAUAACAAUGUGUUGAUUCAAAAAUUCCCCGUCACUCGAUGGCGCUUCUUCAAAAACGUCAUGCCAAACGUUGAAAUCGCCAUUGAUCCUGACUCGCAGCGAUUCUUUAUUUCCGAAGACUGGGAAAUGCAACUUCUUCAGUCUGGCGAGUCGCCCUUUUCCCGACGAAAAAUCAAGGACGAGCUCGAUGAAUCUGCCGAAUUAGAAAAUCUUCUUCAAUAA